AAAAAUUCAAAGUCCAAGAUGACAACCCUCAAGGACCAGCUGAUUGUGAAUCUUCUUAAGGAAGAACAGGUCCCCCAGAACAAAAUUACAGUUGUUGGAGUUGGUGCUGUUGGCAUGGCUUGUGCCGUCAGUAUCUUAAUGAAGGACUUGGCUGAUGAGCUUGCCCUUGUUGAUAUCAUGGAAGACAAGCUAAAGGGAGAGUUGAUAGAUCUACAGCAUGGCAGCCUUUUCCUUUUCCUUAAGACACCAAAAAUUGUCUCCAGCAAAGACUAUAGUGUGACUGCAAACUCCAAGCUGGUCAUUAUCACAGCAGGGGCUGAAAAGCAAGAGGGAGAGAGCCGGUUCAAUUUGGUCCAGCAAAACGUGAACAUAUUCAAGUUCAUCAUUCUGAACAUUGUGAAGUACAGUCCACAGAGCAAUCUGCUCAUGGUGUCAAAUCCAGUGGAUAUCUUGACCUACGUGGCUUGGAAAAUCAGUGGCUUUCUCAAAAGCAGAGUUAUUGGAAGUGAUUGCAAUCUGGAUUCAGCUCAGUGUUAUCUGAUGGGAAAAAGGCUGGGAGUUCACCCAAUGAGCUGUCAUGGGUGGGUCCUAGGAGAGUAUGGUGACUGCAGUGUGCCUGUGUGGAGUGGUGUGAAUGUUGCCAGCAUCUCCCUGAAGUCUCUGAACCCAGAACUGAUUAAGGGUCUCUAUGGAAUCAAGGAUGACAUCUUCCUCAGUGUCCCAUGUAUCCUGGGACAAAAUGGAAUCUCAGAUGUUGUGAAGGUGACACUGACUCCUGAGGAGGAGGCCCACCUGAAGAGUGCAGAUACCCUCUGGGGAAUCCAGAAGGAGCUGCAGUUCUAAAGUCUUUCCAGUGUCCUAGCACUUCACUGUCCAGGCUGC